CUAUUUUAAUUGGCCGUUCGACGGCAUGAAAACUUCUUUUAGCAGCUCGAGUAAGCUGCGGUGUUGCGCGCGCGCGCUGAGUAACGGGCACUUGCGCACGGACACCGGGGACCGGAGGAAUAACGGAUUAACGCGUCUUUACCUGUGGUUUCUGUCCAGAACAGCAGAGUUUCUGCCUCCUGUCAAGAUGAACAUCGGCUUCAACAGGAAAAAAGAUAAACCCACCAUGCACAGCCCCGAGGCUCUGGUGAAGAAUUACGUAGCUUACAGCGCUAAGUUUUUAGGAUUCACGGAGGUCGACCAGCCAAAAGGCACAGAUGUUGUUCGGGGGGCUGUGAGAAAACUGAAGUUUCAGAGGCAUAUCAAAAAGUCAGAGGGGGAAAAAAUUCCUAAAGUCGAGCUACAGAUUUCCAUAUACGGGGUCAAAAUAUUGGAUCCAAAAACAAAGGAUGUCCAGCAUAACUGCCAGCUGCACAGGAUGUCCUUCUGCGCUGACGAUAAAACGGACAAACGAAUCUUCGCCUAUAUCUGCACAGAGCCUGACACCAAGAAACACCUGUGCUACGUGUUCUACAGCGAGAAAUGUGCAGAGGAGAUCACCAUCGCUAUCGGCCAGGCGUUUGACCUGGCGUAUAAAAUGUUCCUGCAGUCCGGGGGGAAAGACGUGGAGACUAGAAAGCAGAUAGGAAACUUACAAAAGAGGAUUCAGGAUUUGGAAAUGGAAAACACAAAGCUGAAGAAACAACUUCAGUGUCUGGAGGAUCAGCUGAUCUGCACACAGUCGUCACCGCUGUUGAAUGUUACCUCCUUGACCGAGGCCUGCGUGUUGUCUCCCUCUCCGUCCUGCUGUAACGAUGACGUCUCCUCACUGUCCUCUCUAGAGAUUUCCUCUGUCACACUAACGCCUCUCAGUUCCCCCGAUUCCGGACAGUCAGCAGGCCUUCUGACUCCGCCUCCCGCUAAACCCGCCCACUCGUUCCCGUCCAACGGCUUCAUCGUUCCACGACCUCGUGCUGGUAGCAUCCCGGUGAAAACAACCUCCACAGAUAUAUUUGACAUGGUACCCUUUACAGCCGGAUCUUCAUUGUCGAGGACACAGAUGUGUAACGUGCCUCCUGUAGGCAAAAGUACAGAUCUUUUUGGAGCUUUUCCCUUUGACCCCUUUACCUGCGGACUCGCGGACUACCCUCCGGACGUCCAGUCCAAACUGGCCGAGAUGCAGGAGGGGUUCAAAAUGGGUCUGACUCUAGAGGGCGCCGUUUUCUCUCUGGAGCAAGUGGACAGUCGGUGCUGAAGACAAACGGCACUGCUUCUGACAUCUGAACAGAACUUUCAGUGUUUCUAAUUACGGUGUGUAUUAAGGGAAGACAUUUUGGACAGACCAGCAGCAAGUAGCAAAUUCUUUCUAUUUUUAUAUUGCAGAAGGUUCAAGAUCUGUAGCCACACACACACACACACACACACACACACACACACACACACACACACACACACACACACACACACACACACACACACAUCCUGCUGCAAAACAAGUCUGUCGUAUUUAUGUGGCUGAAAUGCUUUGGGUUGGUGUUUUUUUUUCCCGGUGGUAUUUCCGCUCACAUUUUUCCUCAGUAAUGUUUGCACUCUCUCUCCGUCGGUCCCCAGACACACAAAUACUCCACCUUUAUGUAGAACAUCUAAUAUUUGCUUUAUAAAUAUUUGCUAAUAUUGUCCUCGGUAAACUCGCUGAAUGUUACGACUGUUUUCCUGCUGAAGCUUUAAAACAAAUGUACAUUUCUCCGUCGAAGUUUUGUCUGUGUUCUUCUGCAUUAAAGCCGUGAUUCAAA